CCCGAAACGUCAACAAGAAGUUUUGUUGUUCACAAAGGUUUUGUUUUGCUCGUCAUUUAAGUGUUUUUUUACCGAAAUACUAGACAAAUCUCAGGUGAAAUGGACUCAGAGAAUGAGUUUAAGCACUCCUACAUGAUGGAGAGCGUGAUGGUGUCGACGGCGGACGACAUAGGAUCAGACACUGUGGACAACUCUGAUGAUUCAGAUACCAACAAAUCGUGCAAACCGCUGCGAGAGCAGGACCGCUUCCUGCCCAUCGCCAAUGUGGCUAAGAUCAUGAAACGCGCCAUUCCGGAAAACGGAAAGAUUGCCAAGGAUGCACGGGAGUGCGUGCAAGAGUGCGUGUCUGAGUUCAUCUCCUUCAUCACCAGCGAGGCCAGCGACAGGUGUCACAUGGAGAAACGAAAGACCAUCAAUGGCGAAGACAUCCUGUUCGCCAUGAAUAAUCUCGGCUUCGACAAUUACGUCGAUCCGCUGAAGCUGUACCUGCAGAAGUACAGAGAGACCACAAAGAUGGACAAGAACACGCCCAGCAGUCCCGCGCCCGCCACCUUCGAGAUCAUCUCUCUCAACGACGACUUCAACAACACCCAAAACAAUCAACGAAAGACAGAGAUCUUUGAUCCAUCAGUGAGCAAUACAGUUUUGUACUACCAAAGCGAUCAUUCGCAGUUUCAACUUUAAUCGGGGAACAUCUGAAGUGAGUAUUUAUUGCCCUGACCAGAAGAAGCAUGCUUGAUGCAGCAGGGAUGCAUCUAAUUUGUCAAAAUUGCCCUUUGGAAAGAAUUAUUUAAAUAAAUUUUAAAGAUAAUA